UCAAUGUCAAGUUGAACAAGAAAGAACGUUGGACUUUUAAAAAUAUAGGUCAGAUAGUUUUACUAGAAUUAAAAGGAUGGGUUCAAAUAAAGGAAGAUUUAUCGACAGAUCACCGCUUAUUUGUGCCGCGGGGAAAAUAACAACAGAUUCAAAUAAUGCUGCUAACACGUUCAAGGAAUAUAAUAUUGAAGAUAAAAUAACUGCACUGAAGCAUGAUGCCAAUAUUUGGCAUGAAGAUAGAUUUGAGCCUCCUCUAAAACUUCCAAAUUUUAAGCAAUCUGCUUUUUUGGGGCGAAAUACCGAGAUAUCAAAAGUAUUGAAUCCUCCAUUAGAAACAAGAUAUCAAACUCUUUUACAAGAUUUACGUGAAACUACAUAUGACUCUUUAUGGAAUAAAGAAAUUGGAAAAGUAAGAGAUCCAGUUCCGGGUCUACCGAAAGGGAUGAUACCUACCACUGUUACUUUUGGAAAACCGUCAGUCAAAGAGACAAGUGUAAAAGAACUAAUUAACCCUCCAAAAACACCAUACGAGGUACUAUGGGAAAGUCAAGUAGGUCAUGAUUAUUACAAAAAAACGCACAAUGAUUAUAAUGCUGGCGAACAACUCCUCAGAGGUUAUCUGUCACCACCAUUUGAUGAAAAGGCAUGUUUUGGCAAAAAAACAAAUUUUGAUUAUAGAGGAAUUUGUGUGAAAUGUUGUUGCCAAUGGCAUAUUCAAAAGCCGAUAACUUAUGCCAGUCGAAUACAAGCAGACCUCAUAGACAAAUGGAAACCAGUACUUGGAAAAUCAUUAGCACCUAACCGUAAUAUAACUUGUGUUCCGAAGAACCACGCUUUUGGUGACCGUUAUGUCAGAGAUCAAUAUGGAGUGGAAGAUUUAAUGAAAGAUGCCAGCAUUGAACCAUGUUUAUUUAAAAGAGAUUUUUUUAUUUGGGUUUGUAUGUGGAACAAACUAAGAAGUAAAACGAAAGAGCUCGUCCGAGAAGGGCGCUUCAAUUUCCCAGAAUUUUAUAAGAAAUUGUUGCAUUUCGAUAAGGAAAAAGUAGGUCGCCUUCCGAAAGACAAAUUCUAUGAACUGUGUUUGAAUAGCCACAUCAAUUUUUCACUAGCAGAUAUGGAACCCCUGUUGAAAUUAUUAAAUGUAAUCGAAGGCGAUCAAAUUGAUUAUACACUAUUCGUGAAUAUGAUUAACGUCAAUGCUCCACCCAUUGAAUUGAUGUCGGUCAAAGAUAUUCCACCGGACAAACUGUAUUAUAUAACUACAAGUCAAGCUUCAAGUUGCGAUUUUCUUUUUAUUAAUAAUGCAGAAAUGCGAAGCUCCGGAAUUCCAACUUGCCGAACAGAUUUACCAGCACCCCAAACGCCUCCAGGUUCCUGUUUAGCAGACAUCGAAAACUUGGGCGAUUCGACUAAUAUUAAAACACUACUUAAUCCUAGCAUCUACGCCAAUUAUGGGUUAAGUUAUAGAGAUUUCUUUUUGCCAAGACAACCAGAGAUGUUGAGAGCAUUAUUUGAAAAAAUUGGAUACAGUUUUUCGGAAAAUAAUUUUGAGAAAAUAUGGAAGGAAGGUGUAGAGCAAGACGGAACUGGAUUGGUUUGUGUUGAUACUUUUAAAAAAAUAUUACAAAAAUAUUCGCAUCGACAAAAAAUUCAAGUGGAUGAAGCGGAUUGUUAGGAAAUUAUUUUUUUACCAAUAAAAGAUGUUUUGAA